GUCGUCUCCAACGGUCACUACCUCCUUUUCCCCAAUUUUUUAACACAAAAAAAAGAAACCCAGAAAAGACUGCCCUACCACCACUCUUCCUUCAUCCAAUUGACCGUUAUGUCUUCUUCAUCCUAAAUUCCCCCAUAUCUUCUUCUUCUUCCCUCUUCAAUAUUCUUCCCUUUCUCAACUUUCCGAAAAUAAUCAACGCUCCUCGCAUUUCUCCUUUACUCUGGCAGUAAUGGAGAACCCUAAAUUUUCUCGAUCAUAAUAUCCCCCCUUGUUUGCUUGCUUACCAGCCUGCUCUGGAGGACAGUGGUUACUCAAUUAACUAGUCUAAUUGGCUAAGGCGGAAGCAUAUUGUUAUUUACAAAAUCAUGGGUUGUUUUCUUGGGUGCUUUGGGAAGUCUAAGGAUCGGAGACGCCGUAAUAAACAGAGGAAUAAAGUCAUCCCUCGAUACCAGCAGAGGCAUGGAAGUCAACAUCAUCUUCAGAUUCAGAAUGUUUUGUCUGCUGAAGAGGAGGGCAUUAAAGAAUCUCCGGUGGUCCAUUUGGUUCCUGCCUUGAGUGAUAAGCCCGGAGAGCAGUCUACGGUUAACUCUCAAAGUAGUGACAAGCCUGAAGAACAAUCGAGCUCAAAUACCAAGAAGAAAGUUACUUUUGAUGCAAAUGUCACAACCUAUGAGCAUGUUUCAGUGUUUGAGAGUGUUGAUUCUUUGCCAGAGCACAAAGAGGCUAGUCACCAGGGAAAGGAGGAUACUGGUGUUUCAUCAAGUGAUUCCCGAUUAACAUCUGAAGAUGAUUCAGUUACUUCAAGUGUUGCUUCAUAUCCUCCCAACCAUAGGUAUCAGAACUGUAGGGACAGCGAUGAUGAAGUUGAGGAAUGCGGUGAUAGUGAGUUGGAAGAUGAUGAUUAUGAUGAAGAAGAAGACUAUAGUGAUUUUGAUGAUGAUGCCGAGGAUAGAAUUGUUGGUCAAGAUAUCUGGUCUGAGUCAAUUUUAACUGAAUCCAUGGAGUCAAGAACUAAUAAUUUGAAGAAGCGUCCAAGUCUGGAGGAGCAGGUGGACAGUUCGAAGGAAAUGCCAUUCAUGCCUAAUCAAGAUGUGGAAACUGUAGGUCCAAAAGUAUAUGCAAGGAAUAGGAGCGAUUAUGUUCACCCUGUGCUCAACCCAGUUGAGAAUCUUACCCAAUGGAAGACAAUGAAAUCCAAAGGAACUUCACAAUUGAAGCUCCAAAAGGAGAAUGUUACAGCAGAUUUCGAGGCACCUUUACCAUUUAGUUCUGAACCAACUUUUAGGCAGUCAUCAUCAAGGUCAAAGCCAAAAUCAGAGCAAAGGAAGAGUUCAAGCGAACAACCAGCUGUGGAUGCUAGUCUUUCAACUUGGUUAGCUGGCCCUGAAUCCACUCCUACCAGGACUACCAGUGUCGGCAGUCUUGAGUCUGUAACUUACGAGAAGGUUAGCAGCAUUUCACAGGGUUCGAAUUCAGUGAGGAGCUUCGAAGAUAGACCCAUUUUAGGAGCAUUGACAGUUGAGGAGAUUCGACAGAUGUCAGCAGCUUCCUCACCUAGAAAGUCACCAAGUCGGAGCCCUGAUGAGAUGCCUAUCAUAGGGACUGUUGGGACUUACUGGAAUGACUCGGUAUCAUCAAAGGAAUCACGGUCGGCCUCGUCCUACAAAGGCAUACCAAAUACCACCAGCAAGUAUAGAGAGGUGCGUGGUAAACUGAAAUAAAACACUACUUUUCCAGCUUUGCAUGGUUUAAAACUUGCAAGUCUCUAAUGCAAUUUAUUAAUGCAUCUAGCAGGAUAAGAGAGUUAAUUGGCAUUCUACUCCUUUUGAGACCAGAUUAGAGAGAGCUUUGAACAGACGCACUGCUGGAGAAGUGUGAUUCUUUCUCCCCAAGUCAUUCAUUUGAUCAUUUACUGUUGAUUUCUUUGUGGGG